UCACCCCUUCUAACUGCUACCAGAUUUCUCUGGAAGGCGCGUCGGCCCGGGUUCGGGGCGGGUCCGCGCCCCCCGCCCUCCAUGCCGGCCGCGUUCGGCUGUCUCCGCGCCCGGCGCUCGGCGGCGCUCGGCUGUCUCCGGCCGCUCGGCUCGGCGCUCGGCUCGGGUCCGCGGCCGCUGCGGCGCCGGGCAUUUCUCCGCAGCUCGGCUCGCGGCCGCGCCCGCCCGGCCCGCGCCCAUGCAGGCCAUCAAGUGCGUGGUGGUCGGCGACGGCGCCGUGGGGAAGACCUGCUUGCUGAUCAGCUACACGACCAACGCCUUCCCUGGAGAGUACAUCCCCACCGUUUUUGACAACUAUUCUGCGAAUGUGAUGGUGGACGGGAAGCCUGUCAACCUGGGGCUGUGGGACACCGCUGGGCAGGAGGACUACGACCGGCUUCGGCCACUCUCCUACCCCCAAACUGACGUCUUUCUGAUCUGCUUCUCCCUGGUGAGCCCAGCCUCCUUUGAGAAUGUUCGAGCCAAGUGGUACCCAGAGGUUCGGCACCACUGCCCCCACACGCCCAUCCUCCUGGUGGGCACCAAGCUGGACCUUCGUGACGAUAAGGACACCAUUGAGCGGCUACGGGAUAAGAAGCUAGCGCCUAUCACUUACCCCCAGGGCCUGGCCAUGGCCCGGGAGAUCGGCUCUGUCAAGUACCUGGAGUGCUCAGCCCUGACCCAGCGGGGCUUGAAGACUGUGUUUGAUGAGGCCAUCCGGGCUGUGCUCUGCCCGCCUCCUGUGAAGAAGCCGGGGAAGAAGUGCACGGUCUUCUAGAGCCCUCACUUCUGGAGGAGCAGCCCCCAGCCGCCCGCGCCUGUAUCUGUUGUGUUGAGAUGUCUGGUGUCCCUGAGUCUGCUGUGGGGAAGUCGUGUGGGUAGGGAGGGGGAAGAAUCACGGGGACAAGGCUGCUGCUCCCGGGGUGGUGUUGGGGCCAUGGGGUCCUGUCCACUCUGCCUCCUCCACCUGGGGGUACAGCUCCAGCCUUCCCUGGCCCCCAGGGAGUCCAGAAGGGAGCAGGGUCUCCCUCAGGCUGCAGGGGCAGGUCCAGGGCAGCCCCAGGAUGGGCUUCCCUGAUGGGGGAGUUUGUGGGGUGGGUUAUGUCCUUGUGCCCCAGGAUGGGGCAGCCCCUUUUCAUUUUAUACAAUAAACG